AUGGUCGCCGCGGGCGGGCUAGCUCUCGUCGUGCCCUGCUACAACGAGGAGGAGCGGCUCCGCUCCGCUGCGUUUGUCUCGUACCUCGCAGAGACGCCCACGGUGCGUCUGAUCUUCGUGGAUGACGGCUCGUCCGACGGCACGAAUUGCGGCAAGGCAGAGGCGGUGCGGCGCGGGAUGCUGCACGCGCUCGAGAGCGACGCACAGUAUGGCGCGGUCGGGUUCUGGGACUCGGACCUCGCCACGCCCCUCUCCGCCGUCGCCGAGCUGCACUCCGUCCUCUGCAGCAACCCAGCCCUGCAGAUGGUGCAAGGCGGCACCGAGGCGGCAGCCGAGACGCCGUCCUUCGAGCACAGCAUCUUCGAGUGCGUUUCGGCCGCCGCCGCCUCCGUGAGGUUCCCGCUGCACGAGUGGGUCGACGUCGCCGGCUCGAAGCUGCGCCUGACCGACGUGGCUCGCAUGGCGUACGGGCUCUGCCAGAUCUACGCCACCUACUUCCUCCACGAGUGGCCCUCGGGCGAGCCUUGCACCGCCGCCCAGGCGACGGCACGGCGCUUGCUCUUCGCCUGGGGCGCGCUGCUCUGCACCCUGCUCGCCACCCUCGCCGCGCCGCUGUUGUGGUGGCGCCUCCUCUGAGCGCCGCUUCUCUGAUGGCGCAGCGCUGUGGCGAGGCCGCACCGCCCGCACCGCCCUUGCGCUUGUCUUUAUUUGCC